AUGGCCCUCCUCGAAAUGCUCCCGUCUUUCGUGCUUGGCCUCAUUGACCCAGGCUUCAUCCUCUACUACGCAGUCGAGGCCUAUAUCCAAACCUUGCUCAUUGGUCUUCGUGAAGAUGGUACAAUACCUAGCGACCUUCGUGGUAGAGCAUUUGGCAAGUUCUGGACCAAAAUCUCUGGUGCACCGCCAGAUCCAGCAGUCGCCCUUGUCGGCUCUGCCACCCUUGUCCCUUCAACCUUUGCUCAGGCACAGGGUACGGUCUUGGAAAUUGGCCCUGGAAGUGGCAACCAGACUUUGUAUUACAAUCCAGCUGCGGCACAGAUCAAGACGAUAUACGGAGCUGAGCCGGCGAAGGAAUUGCAUAAACUGCUCCGCAAGAACGCUGAUUCAACAAGGGUAGGACCGAAGUACAGGAUUAUUGGUGCUGAUGCCACGAAAGCUUCUAUCACACGUGAGCUGUUGAAAGACAAGGUUCUUGAGCCAGGUGCACUUGCAAAUAACAUGUUCGAUGCCAUAAUCUGCGUGAGGGUGUUGUGCUCGGUACCGAAUUUGGAAGGGACGAUAUCCGAUUUGCAUGCCAUGUUGAAGCCAGCUAAUGCAUGGCGAACCACGAAAGGCUCGGUCAUUGCACGACUAGUUCAGACAGUGUAUAUGUUGUUGGGCUGGAGCUACUUUGUUGGUGAUUGCUCGCUGACAAGGAAUAUUGAGCAGAUGUUGAGGAAGAACACAUCAGAGCGUUGGGAGACUGUCUCUAUCGAACGCCACUUUGGCAAGGCGGUAUUGACCUAUAUCUCUGGCAGCCUGGUUAAGAAGUCUUAA